UGCAGUAAGCAUCUGGUUUUAGACGAAUCACAAGACGGCAGUUGACCGUUCAAUUCAAUGUUUCUAAGUGAGUCCGGUAGUUGUAAUCCUAGUGUAGCAUAUCUUGUCAAUAUUCUUAGUCCCUCGGCGGACUGUUCUUCUGGCGUCCUUCUGGAAGGGAACGAAGAUCUGCCGCUUUCCCCACUUCGGAUUUGGCGAAAAGCCUGACCUGUCGGACUUCAUACUCCAUCAAACCAACCUUCAAUUCUCCCUUCAAACAAACUCUUCGACUUUCGAAUCCCCGCGACUACCUUAACCUCCUAACCUACUGACCCAUUACAAAUCAAAUCAUAAAGCUCCAACCACCACCACCACCCAACCCUUCAGAAACCGAACAAUGGUCCGCCUAAAACACCGCUACCUCCUCCUCGACAUCCUCUACCCCGACCCAUCAACGUGGCCCUCAACAACAACGCAGCACAAAAAUGUCUCUUCGAAAUCACAAUCCCAGAUCCAGAUCCACGCGCCGACAUCCGACGCGCUAACGCCCGGUCUCCUGGCCAAGAUGGUGCGCGAAGAAGUCGCAGAAACCUUUGGCGAUUGGGGCAUCGGUCGACUCGGUGGUGUUGGGGCUGGUGGUGUGAGUGUGAAAUACCUCUCCCCCGCAACAUCCACCGCAAUAAUCCGCUGCCCCCGCGCCUCCUUCCGCCUCGUCUGGACAGCCCUCACAUACAUGUCGCACGUACCUGAAUACGGCAACCCGAGUCGCUCGAAAGGCGCGGGGCCGGCGCUGACGAGACCGUGCGUGUUUCGCGUGAUCCGGGUCUCCGGGACGAUGCGGAAGGCGGAGGAGGAGGCGAUUCGGCGCGCGAGGAGGGAGAUUGUGCGGUUGCGCGAGGCCGAGGAGGUGGGGGUUUUGGGGGAUUUGGUUGGGGGGUUGGGGGAGGAUCCGGGUUCUGGUGCGGUGGUUGUGGAUGAUGGGGAGGAUGAGGACAUGGACAUGGAGAGUGAUGAUGAUUGA